AUGUAUAAACCAGCAUUUGUGGAGGAAGAUAGUACGCUUGCGAGUGAGGUUGUUCAGCCUGAUCUCCUGAUAACGGCUCAGCUGGGUGACAGCGUGACUCUUUCGUGCUUCUGUCUAAAGGAUGAGGUGUCUUUCAUUGCUUGGUUCAAGCAGCCUGUUGGCCAGAAGCCUCAGAUCAUAGUGAAAGCCUAUUAUUUAGCAGAUGGUGACUUUUCAGAUGAGCUUAAAAACAAGGACCGUUUCCACGUACGUAAAGAACAGGGAAGUUUUAAUCUGACCAUUUCAAAAACAGAGAGAUCCGAUUCGGCAGUUUACUACUGUGCUGCAGUUUUCUAUUAUGAGAUCACAUUUGGACAGGGAACCUUUCUUAAAUUCACAGAUUCCAACAGCAGGACUGUGGUGCAGCAGGUGGUGUCAGACCCAGUGCAUCCAGGAGACUCGGUGACUCUGCAGUGCACAAUAGACAGUGAGACCUGUGCAGGAGAACACAGUGUUUACUGGUUCAGACACGGCUCGGGAGAAUCCCUUCCGGGACUCAUUUACACCCAUGGAAACAGGAGCGAUGAGUGUGAGAAGAGCCCUGAGGCUGGGUCUCCUACACACGGCUGUGUCUACAGCCUCCCCAAGAGGAACCUCAGCCGCUCUGAUGCUGGGAUUUACUACUGUGCUGUGGCCACGUGUGGAGACAUACUGUUUGGAAAUGGGACAAAAUUGGACAUUGAAGGUGCAACUGGUAAUCAGCAUGUUUUCCAGCCUCACCGGUCAAAGUCGGUGCGUCUUGGAGAUCCUGUCACUCUAGAGUGCUACACAGAUAUGGAAAAUGUCAUUACUUGGAUUUGGUUUAAAGACACAAUGGAACACGGCUUAAAAAGUAUGAUAACAGUUAAUUAUGAAAAUCAGCAAUUUCACGCGGAGUUUGCAAACGAUCCUCGUAUAGCAGUUCAAAGAAGUGAUCAAUAUUGCAACCUGAGUUUGUCACAGGUCAGCGUCACAGAUGUGGCCUCAUAUCACUGUGGAAUACACAGGUUUGGUAACUGGUAUUUUGGAGCUGGAACAUUCUUAGUGCUCAAAGACCCAUUACAAGUUAUUCAGCAGCCUGUGUCAGACCCAGUGCGUCCAGGAGACUCGGUGACUCUGCAGUGUACAGUAGACAGCGAGACCUGUGCAGGAGAACACAGUGUUUACUGGUUCAGACACGGCUCGGGAGAAUCCCUUCCGGGACUCAUUUACACCCAUGGAAACAGGAGCGAUGAGUGUGAGAAGAGCCCUGAGGCUGGGUCUCCUACACAUGGCUGUGUCUACAGCCUCCCCAAGAGGAACCUCAGCCGCUCUGAUGCUGGGAUUUACUACUGUGCUGUGGCCACGUGUGGACAUAUAUUGUUUGGAAAUGGGACAAAAUUGGACACUGAAGAUGUCAAUAAUAGUAUUUUGAUCUAUCUUAACCUUGUGGCUGUUAUCAUCGUGUCUCUCACUGUCAAUAUCAUCCUUAUUUCUUUGCUGAGGAAAGCAAGACAAGUUCGAACAGGACAGAGGUUCUUUCACUCCAGAAGUCUCUUUGUUCCACAUCUCAUGGGGAGAAGAACUUUGGAACUAUUCUUUGCCAUCUAA